AUGAGUGUCACAACGGAAGGAUCGGAAGAAAUAUCAAUUCAAGUGACCCGGGAGACCAGACAAGCCUUUAAAAUUAAGCAGAUCUUCACGAAUAUUAAUGAAUCAUUAACGCGAAAGCGAGAUCAAAACAUUGUCAAGAUCCAUAUUCCCGGACUAGAUAAAGUUGAUAAGUAUGUACGUGAAGCUAUACACAAUGAAUACAACGCUCAAAUAAUCGAUAACGAUAUAUUUAUCAGAUAUGACGGAGGGAAUAAAGAAAAUAUCCAUUGUGAACUUAGGAAUUCGGCUAGGACACAUAAUCCAAUUUGGUAUGCGACACCUAAUAUGAUAUGCGUGGCUGGAGGUAAUGAUUAUCGACCCGAUGUCGGCGUAUGGUUUCAAAGGCCAACGUUUCUUCAAAGGCAAAAUCCAAUUGUACAUCAACGUCCUCCACCGAACGUUUGGAUAGAGGUUUUUUUCAACGAAGAUCCAGACCGUCAAAAUGUGUUAGAUAGAAUUGCUCGGGUUCAGCAAAUUCAUGUUAUUGAAUUUGUCAGAAUCGCUCUUCCUCAAUUGUCUGGCCCCUACCGUCAGAAUCCUUUUCCUGCGGGAGCCUCUACUCAUGUAAUUCCAGAAAAUGAUCAAAAUGCUAGACCUAGUCGAGCUCCGUACCUUAUAUAUUGGGAUGUUAAUGACACUCCG